UUCAUCCACCCGGUAGAGAAAGAGUGGGAGUUAAACAGAACAGCCCUGUUAGAACUUAGACGUCGUCUAAAGCCGUUAGAAACAGCAGCGAAUUUUGUACUGAGCCAAGACAGUCUGGCCAAGAAAAGGAAACUUCCGCUGAUGUUCGAACGGACUCGGAAAAGACUGUACUAUGUGAAAGAGAAGCAUCUGAACAGUAUGCCACAGGUCAGUCCUUUCGUCAACCGGUCGUUAGGAGUUUGUAGUUUGGUUGGCAACAGCGGCAUCUUGACUGGAAGCAAAUGCGGUCAGAAAAUAGAUUCCGGCGAUUUUGUCAUCAGGUUCAACAUGCCUCCUGUGUGUCGUCCGUACUUGGACGACAUCGGCACACGCACGGACAUGGUCACAACCAUUCGGGAUAGAAUGAGAUCCAAAUGGGGACUUAUGCAGACCGGUACCGGAAAGAAGAAGUUCCUUCACCACCUGCACGACCAGUACGGUCAGGACACCUUCAUCGUGUCGGCACCUUUCACCGUCUACAAAGACAUCGAGGCUUUGCUCAAUAUCGCCGAGGUACUACGGUCCAGCAACUCCUCUGUAGUGCCACUGUUCAUCAGUCCCAUCCAUGUCAAACAGGCAAUACAGACUUGGGGAGAACUAGGACUGAAGCUAAAGAAGAGAAAGAUAAACUUUUCUUCAGGUUUCUACUACACCUCCGUGGCCCUGGAGCUGUGUGAUCAGGUUAAUAUCUACGGGUUCUGGCCGUUCCGUACGGACAGGGAGGGCCGGCCGGUCCGCUAUCACUACUACAAGUCCGUGGAUAGUGGAGGGUUGAACAACAGCUGGCACGAAAUGGACAAGGAGUUUGAAAAACUUUCACAGCUCCACAAUCAGGGUGUUUUGCAACUGAUAACUGGAAAUUGCAGAUAGUACGUCAGCUCGUCUAUGUUAAGUCCAGUUUAUCACUCGCACCAUUAGGUUCGAUAUCUUAUCAAUAUACUG